AUGAAGGCUUCUCCUUAUCCAAACGACGAAUAUACAGUCCGAUGGAUAUCUGCCUUGAAUGAAGAGCUGAUGGUGGCCAUGGCUAUGCUGGAUGAGGAGCAUGGGAGGCCUCAAUCGACACCUCGAGACGACACCAACGCAUAUCAUUUGGGCAAGAUCGGCGAACACAAUGUUGCGAUGGCUUGUCUAUCGGGAGCACAAUUGGAUACUGGCCCAGCUGCAAUUGUGGCAGAAAACAUGCGCCGCACGUUCAAGAACAUUAGGUUCGCCUUCCUGGUGGGAAUCGGAGGAGGUGUUCCAAAUAAAAAGAAGGACAUCCGUCUGGGCGAUGUUGUGGCCAGCUAUCCUACUGGACCUACACCGGAAUUGAAAGACUGGUUCUGCGCACCACCUCGCAAAAUUCUGGCUGCAGUUGACCUUCUAAAGGCAUACCACGCGAGACCCAAGAAGCCAGUAAACAACAUGCUGAGCAUUGUCGAGGAGUUGGGUGAGGAAUACGCAUAUCCAGAAGAAGAUGUAGCUCUUGAUCUAUUGUAUCAGGCGGAUUACGAGCACGGUCCCGAAGCUGAAGCUUGCGAUUUCUGCGACAGAAAAGCUCUGAUUCCACGAAACACCCGCAAGCUUCAGUACAGGCCAUACGUACAUUAUGGUAUUAUUGCAUCUGGGAAUAUGGUCAUCAAGAGCGGUAUCGAAAGGGACAAGAUUGACCAACGUUACGAGAACUCGAUAUUCUGCUUCGAAAUGGAAGCGGCGGUUUUGAUGAAUAAAUUCCCUUGCCUUGUUAUCCGAGGAAUCAGUGACUACUCCGAUUCCCAUAAAAAUGAUCAGUGGCGAAAGCGCGCAAUUGCCGUGGCGUCAGCAUAUGCGAAAGAACUCCUCUUACUGAUCGAGCCAUCCGAUGUGGAAUUAUUAACCCCUAUAGUCGCUCGUGUGCUAGAUACCGGUAUGCGCUUACAUGACUAA